CAGGCGCGCGGCCAGCGGCGGUUGGCUGCUCGCGGAUCGGCGGGCGGUUGGUGUGAGCCGGACAGAGCUGCAGCUGCUGGAACCGGCGCCAUGGUGGAGAAGGAGGAGGCUGGUGGCGGCAUCAGUGAGGAGGAGGCGGCGCAGUAUGAUCGGCAGAUCCGCCUGUGGGGCUUAGAGGCUCAGAAACGGCUGCGGGCCUCCCGGGUGCUUCUUGUUGGCAUGAAAGGACUUGGGGCUGAAAUUGCCAAGAAUCUCAUCCUGGCAGGAGUUAAAGGACUGACCAUGCUGGAUCAUGAACAGGUAUCUCCAGAAGAUCCAAGGGCUCAAUUCCUGAUUCGUACUGGGUCUGUUGGCCGAAAUAGGGCUGAAGCCUCUUUGGAGCGGGCCCAGAAUCUCAACCCCAUGGUGGAUGUGAAGGUGGACACUGAGGAUAUAGAGAAGAAACCCGAGUCAUUUUUCACUCAGUUUGAUGCUGUAUGCUUAACUUGCUGCUCCAGGGAUGUCAUAGUUAAAAUUGAUCAGAUCUGCCACAAAAACAGCAUCAAGUUCUUCACAGGAGAUGUUUUUGGCUACCAUGGGUAUACUUUUGCCAAUCUUGGAGAGCAUGAAUUUGUAGAGGAGAAAACUAAAGUUGCCAAAGUUAGCCAAGGAGUGGAAGAUGGACCUGAUACCAAGAGAGCAAAACUUGAUUCAUCUGAGACAACCAUGGUCAAAAAGAAGGUGGUCUUCUGCCCUGUGAAAGAGGCACUGGAGGUAGACUGGAGCACUGAGAAAGCAAAGACUGCCCUGAAGCGAACAACCUCUGAUUACUUCCUCCUGCAAGUGCUCCUGAAAUUCCGCACAGAUAAAGGAAGAGAUCCUAGUUCUGAUACUUACGGGGAAGAUUCUGAGUUGCUGCUUCAGAUACGAAAUGAUGUGCUUGACUCACUGGGUGUUAGUCCUGACCUGCUUCCCGACGACUUUGUCAGGUACUGCUUCUCCGAGAUGGCCCCAGUAUGUGCGGUGGUUGGAGGGAUCUUGGCACAGGAAAUUGUGAAGGCUCUGUCUCAGAGGGACCCUCCUCACAACAACUUCUUCUUUUUCGAUGGCAUGAAGGGGAAUGGAAUUGUGGAGUGUCUGGGUCCCAAGUGAGUCCAAGACUUGGCAGCCCCAGAGACAUUGACUGAAGCAUGCCCACAUGUAUUCCCCUCCCCCUCCCUCCACAAAGGCAUCUCCAGACCAGGGAAGAGUGAAGUCAUGGGCUCAUGCAGAGCAUUUCCUGCAGACAGGGAGGUGUGCAGAUAUGCUGCUUCCAUCGCCAGCAGUCGCUAGGCAGGGGCACAGGGACUGGACAUAACCUUCCCAGUAGUUUGGGACCUUUGGCCACCACAGGCCUGCCUGCUGCCCACAUGGCAGACACCUCAAACCACCCAGUCUACUCAUCCUACUGAAACGCAGCCAGUCCUCUAGGGCAUUGUUGGUGAGUUCGCAGGAACCUCAGACCUCAUGGGACCUCCUGCCACCUUCUUAGCCUUGUUCCCCACCUGGUGUCAUAUAGAGAAGGGCAUGACUUCAGGUGGGGAAUGAGGCCCAGGACACUCCAGUGGAACCACAGUACCAAAUUCAGACAGGUGCCCUUAGAGAAAAAACAACAGGCAGAAUGUACUUCCUCCAGUGUUUGAGAUCAUGAAAACAACAGGUGGUGUUUGGUGUCCAGUUCUUUAGUUUUAGUUUAGGAUUAGGCAAGUUCCAGCCUAGAUUUUGGAAGGAAAGAAAUGUUACCAAGUUCUCGUGCAAGUUAAAUAUUAGUAGAAGAGCUCAUUUUAAAAAGGUAGAUUGAAGCUGUGCAUGGUGGUGCAGGCCUGUAAUCCCAGCAACUCAGGAGGCUGAGGCAGGAGGAUCAUUAAGUUCAAUGUCAGCCUCAGCAAUUUCAUGAGGCCCUGCGUCAAAAAUAAAAAUAAAAAGGGCUCAGGUUAUAGUUCAGUGGUAGAGCAUCCCCGGGUUCAGUCCCCAGUACUGUUUUUUAAAAAAUCAAAAAUUUAAAAAUAAAAAGGCAAGUACCUGGGUCCAAGCAGAAUUCUUAGGCUGCAGGUAAAAGAUUCUGCCCCUCACAGAACCCAUCACUGGUGUGCACAGAUCCUUGUAUUUAAGGGCUGUGUCAGUCCUUCAUUUACCCCCCGAAUUGUAUCUUUGGCUGUUUUACAUAUUUUCUACAUGUUCCUUGGUUCUUUAAUAAGGAAAGAUAAUAAAGUUAUUUGCCUUAG